AUGGAUAGUGUACACAUCCCAAUAUCAGACCAUGUGACCACAUUCUACUCUGCACAACCCACUCAUUCAGCAUCUGCCUGGGAGGGAGAAGAUGACAAAAUUGUGGGAGGCUAUGAGUGUGUGAAGAACUCCGUGCCCUGGCAAGUGUCUCUGUACGACGGGUACAACUACUGUGGCGGCACCCUCCUCUCCCCUGAGUGGGUCCUCUCUGCAGCCCACUGCUACCAAUCGUCCCCCACCGAGGUGCGUCUGGGCGAGCACCACAUCAGGGAGCCCGAGGGCACGGAGCAGCACAUCAUGUCGGCCAAGUCCGUCCGCCACCCCGAGUACAACCCCCGCACCGUGGACAACGACGUCAUGCUGAUCAAGCUGAGUCAGCCGGCCGUCAUCAACCAGUACGUGCAGACCAUGGCCCUGCCCAGCGCCUGCGCUCCCGCCGGAACCGUGUGCCUCGUCUCAGGCUGGGGCAACAUCCGCGACAGCAACAGUGGCUCAAGGUACCCUGAGAAGCUGCAGUGUCUGGAGAUCCCUACCAUUCACGACGACAUCUGCUGGAACGAUGCCUACCCUUUCCAGGUCACCGACAAUAUGAUGUGUGCUGGUUUCAUGGAGGGGGGCAAGGACUCGUGCCAGGGUGACUCAGGAGGCCCUUUGGUGUGCAAUGGUGAGGUGCAGGGCAUCGUGUCUUGGGGCAAGGGCUGUGCCAUGAGGAACAAGCCCGGCGUCUACGCCAAGGUCUGCCACUACGUCUCCUGGAUCAAGGACACCAUGGCCUCCGGCUAAGCAUGCAGCGCAGA